GAACGCAGGAGCGCGGUGUCCGGACCCGGCCGAGCCGCAUGGCCCCGUGCCCCGGAUGUGCUCAUCCUCCCGGAAGUCCCGCAUCCAGCCGCUCGCUCUCUUUCCGCCGCCAUCUUGGACCCUGUUCCCCUCACAAAAUGCCUGGAGAAGCCACAGAAACCGUCCCGGCCACCGAGCAGGAGCUGCCGCAGCCGCAGGCUGAGACAGGGUCCGGAACAGAGUCUGACAGCGAUGAAUCCGUACCAGAGCUGGAGGAGCAGGACUCCACACAGGCCACGACACAGCAGGCACAGCUUGCAGCAGCAGCUGAAAUAGAUGAAGAACCUGUCAGCAAAGCAAAACAGAGCCGGAGUGAAAAGAAAGCACGGAAGGCAAUGUCCAAGCUGGGCCUUCGCCAGGUGACAGGAGUAACCAGAGUCACCAUCCGCAAAUCCAAGAACAUCCUCUUUGUCAUCACCAAGCCAGAUGUGUACAAGAGCCCUGCUUCAGACACCUACAUUGUCUUUGGUGAAGCAAAGAUCGAGGACCUGUCCCAACAGGCCCAGUUGGCAGCUGCUGAGAAGUUCAAAGUGCAGGGAGAAGCCGUGUCAAACAUCCAGGAAAACACACAGACCCCCACAGUGCAGGAGGAGAGUGAGGAGGAAGAGGUUGAUGAAACCGGCGUCGAGGUGAAAGACAUUGAGCUGGUGAUGUCGCAGGCGAACGUGUCCCGAGCCAAGGCCGUGCGUGCCCUCAAGAACAACAGUAACGACAUUGUCAAUGCCAUCAUGGAGCUGACGAUGUAGCUGUGGGAUGGAGGAGCCGUUUUUGGUGUUCCAGAGGAGAGUUAAAUGCGACGGAGCUUCAAAUUUGUACUAUUUCUAUCCGGGAAUAAACGUUGUGGCUUAUUGUUGGUGAAA